UGGGUUUUUUUGCACAUGUGAAUAAACUGGCCUGAGGACCCAAUCUCAUGGUAGGAGUAUAACAGAGUUAGGAGUUCUGGGAGUUGCCUAGUCUUGAACUUUAACAAAUCUGCAUUCUUCUUAAAGGAAGAUUCCCCACUGAGAAAGAAUAUCAAGUGAAACAUCUGGUUUCAAGGAAAGUGACUAAUACACUUGUUUUAAAACUAUGGAACAGAGAUGAGUUAAUUCCUUCUGAGACACAUGAAAGAUUUAUUUUUAAAAAAUGAAUUACACAAAUAUGACCCACUGUUCUGUGAAUUUUGAGAUUUCCAAGACCAUGCGCCUCUCCAUGUUCUCCCUGGUGCUGUCAGCUGGUUUGCCCCUGAAUUGCAUGGCUGCCUGGUUUUUGUUGUGUCAGAUCAGGACCAAGAGCAUCCUCAGCAUCUACAUGAUAAACAUGGUGGCCACCAACCUCCUUCAGAUUUUGACCAUUCCGUUCUGGAUCCACUAUACCUACCUGGGACACAGGUGGAUCUUAGGGAGGGAGACCUGCAUAGCAAUUAGCUUUCUGUUCACCACGAAUUUGUAUGCCAAAGUUGCUUUUCUGUGCCUUAUUGCCAAGGAACGUUAUUUCAACAUCGUUUUCCCGAUGCGUUGCCAUGGCCUGGGCACUAUAAGCAUUGCUGUGAAAAUCAGCUUCUCUGCGUGGAUGUUUACAGUUUUCUUUUGCAUCUUGGGAUCCUACCUAAUAUAUGAAGAAAAGGAAGAGACCGAAUUCUGCCACGAAGGCUAUCCUGUUACACAAAAGUAUGCUCUGUUCAAAAUGUACACCAUGUUCUUCUCCUUCUUUGGACCACUUGGACUGAUAGGAUUUUUCUAUGGCAGCAUCCUGUACAAAGUCAGGGAAAUGAGAAAUUUGGAGACAAAAAAGGAAGUCUAUGGAUGUAUUCUUCUCACUAUGGUGACAUUCAUUUUGGUCUUUGGACCCUAUCAAGUGACAUCCUUCCUUAAGAAUUUCUUGGAAAGUAGAAAGAGGGGAUCGGAUUUUUGUGCAAAAGAGGAAGCACUUUUUCUUCCUAGAGAAAUCUCUUUGUGUAUGAUGACUCUUGGUAACAUUCUAGAUCCUGUGCUUUACGUCUUACUCAUAAAAAGCACACGAGAUAAAUUUAUAGCCUCAUGUAAAUGUUUGUGUUUUUCCCAUCAGUAACUGGUCAUUUAACAGAGGAAAUUUAUAUGCUCAACUUAAAAUUAAACAUUAUUAAGUGCCUAACCCUAACCCUAACUCUAACCUGACCCUAAUCCUACUUCUAACUCUAAAUUUUUACUGCACACCUGCAUAAAAUAAAGCCCAGAGAAAAGGGCAUCCUGGAUAGGGAAAUGAACUUGGUUUUCAGAAGAUCUGCAUUCAAAACUAGCCUCAGAGAAAUACUAGCUGUGUGAAGCUCUCAGCCUCCAUUUCCUCAUCUUUAAAAUGAAGAUAAUGAUAGCAUCCCCCUCACAAGGUAAUUGGGUGGAUUAAGUGAGAUAAUAAAUGUAAUAUGGUUUGCAAA